AUUUUCACAUUAAUAUUCACAUAUAAUGCCGCGAGAAUUUUAGGUGUCUUUCCAACUCCAAUUCGAUCGCAUUUCAUCUUCGCGACGGGACUUUUGAAGGGUUUGGCUGAAGAGGGUCAUCAAGUGACGGUUUUCGGUAGUUUUCCAUUGGAGAAACCAAUAAGAAACUACAGAUAUAUUAGAAUUGACACACGAGUGACAAUCGACGAGAGAGAAACAAUGGAGAAAUUCCACAGUGAAAGUUCGUUCAGCCUCGGAACUCUAAGACUCCUUGCAAAUUCCGUGCCUCAAACUCUCAGAGCGGCAAAUACAACUCUAAACAGUCGUGAAUAUCUCGAAAUUGCCGAUAGAGAGUCAUUUGAUGUGGUUUUCGUGGAGAAGUUCUUCAAUUUGUUCCUCAUCGGACUCGGAGAUCACUUCAAAUGCCCCGUGAUCUUGAUUGUCGCUUCGCCUCCGACGGAAAUCAUCAAUGAAAUGAGUGGAAAUCCGUCAACGGCAGCCUUUGUGCCCAAUUUUCUGCUCGGAAAAGUCAGUGAGAUGACUUUUCUCGACAGAAUCCUCAACUAUAGUCUCACAGUGGCUGAGAAAGUAGUCUGGAUUGUCCUUAACUGGAGGGAAAGUGUGUAUUAUGAGGCCAACUUUCCCAGCCCAAAGUAUCGAACUUACGAAGAGAUGAAGAAGAACGUCAGUUUGUUCUUCGUCAAUGAUCACUUUAGCCUCACUUCGCCAAGACCUUACUUGCCAAAUGUUAUUCCUGUUGGAGGUCUUCAUAUUAAAGCCAAACCAGAUAAACUAUCGCAGGAAUUAAGAGAGUUUAUUGACGAUGCAGAAUUUGGAGUGAUUAUCUUCAGUUUGGGCUCACGAAUGAAGACAUCUUUUCUACCAUCGAAGAUGCUUCACAUAAUCUUGAAAGUGUUUUCAACUCGUCCUGAGAGAAUUAUCUUCAAAUGGGAAAAUGACAGCAUUCCUGAGCUCCCGAAGAACAUCAUGAUCCAGAAGUGGAUGCCACAAGCUGAUAUUUUAGCUCAUGAAAACGUGAGACUCUUCAUUACUCAUUGCGGUUUAGGCGCGAUGAAUGAGGCGAAAUAUCACGGUGUGCCAAUUGUUGGAAUUCCCUUUUACGACGAUCAAAGCUUCAAUGCAAUGACGGCUGAGGACGAAGGAUGGGCUGUAAUUCUCGAUCACAGGAAGUUUUCUGAAGAUUCAUUCGUUCAAGCCAUUAAUGAAGUCCUCGGCGAUCCGAAAUACCAAAACGCCGCGCGAAGAGCUUCGAAUCUCUUCAGAGAUCGUCCAAUGACAGCUCUGCAGACGGCAAUUUACUGGACAGAAUAUGUCAUCAGACACAGAGGAGCUUCUCAUCUCAAGUCCAAAGCCGCCGAUCUUCUCUGGUUCCAGAAAACAUCGCUGGACGUUGUGGCAGUUUAUAUUCUAUUGAUAUGGAUUUCUUGGAAAAUUGUGAAAUUGAUAAAUUCUUCAGCGGCGCGAAAAGCAAAGAAAGAUUAA